AUAUUGACUUAUAGGGUUUGGUGUUGGAGCAGAUACGGUUGCAAAACCUCAAGCAGAUACAUGUGUCAGGAGUUCUAUUGAUUCACAAAGAACGAUGUCCGGCAAUUCAGAACCUGAGAUGGAAAGACAAGAGGGCGAUAAGUUCACCUCAGAUUCUAAAGGGCCUUGCAAUGUGUCUAUGGAGAGUGAUUCAAAUUCUAUGGAAAAUCCACAUAAGAAGCAAAAUCUCAUGAUUAGCCCAAAAACUUUUGUUGGCACUGAGAUAUUAAAUGGAAAGGCGGUUAAUGUGGUUGAUGGGAUGAAAUUGUAUGAAGAACUGUUAGAUUUAUCUGAAGUUUCAAAGCUUGUUUCAUUGGUAAAUGAUUUGAGAGCUGCAGGGAAAAGAGGGCAGUUUCAAGGCAAGUUCGCCAAUGCAUUCUCUUUUAUUUGGAGUAGAAUAGCUAACUUAUAAUGUUCUUUUUAAGAG